AUGAGGGAGGUCAACUUCAGUAUUCCUAAUGUGAACAAGGCCUCGGUCCAUAUCACUACCACGCUAUACGACCGUCGGGCCCUGGAUUGCACAUCGACUCUACCGCUCAUCAACUCCCUGAACCAUCUUGCAUACCUCACCACCUCGUCGGCCCGGAUUCGGGAAAUCCUCACCGUCGAUGGCGGCAUUGAACGACUGGUGUGCAUCCUCAAGGAGGGCCGGAGUAAGGACUUGAUGGAAAUGUGGAAAUGGAGUCUUGCAUUCCAAUGUGUGGUCAAUAUCGGCGUGCGUGGCUCCGAAGGCGUAAGGACCAGAGUCGUGGAAGCCGACAUGGUCCCCGUCAUCGCCACCAUCCUCCGCAAUUACCUCAAAGUGGUGGAAAAGGUCCGGUCACAGUCCGAUGCCGAGCCCUCGAAACAUCCGUCCUCUUCUUCCUCCCGACAUGCCAAGCACAGUACGGUCGCCCGAGAUGCUUCGGGCCCACCCGCAAACUCGGAGUCGAGUUCCCACGAAUCCCGCCACUCUCGUCGACAGGCCCCUCCGAGCAUCGAAAUCCCCCAGCCUCUCUAUCAAGAUACUCAACCUACCGACUCCGAUGCGAUGGACGUCACUUCUCCUCCCCGGAUGCCGAUGACAUCUCCGCCUGAACAAAGUACCUUUGGUGACGAAGCCAUCAACCAUCGAUCUCACGAAGGACGCUAUCCGCGUCCCGGGCAUCGCCUUCGGGCAAUGCAGCCUCUGGCUACCGCGGUGCCUUCUAUGGAUACUGCCGAUGGAUUUGGGCUGCGGCCUGUGCGUGACACCGAACGACUCCCCAGCAUGCUUCCUGGCUUGCAAACUGGGAUCAUCUCUCAACCCGACUCUCCAACUACCCCAAGUGGCCCUCUUCAGCCCCAGUCAAGGAGCAUCCCACAAGCUACCGCUGCCAGGCAACGCCCUGCACUACAGCAGCAGCUGUCGGCGUCGGGCGAGUCGGACGAUGCCAAUGGCGAGGAUUCGGCAAUGGGAGAGGACAGUGUGCUGGGGCAGACGACCGAACCUCUUGUCAACCUUCCGGAUCGCAUGGACAUUGAGGAGGUUCAUGAACACCAGACAACCAUGCUGGAUGGAGUGUCCACCAAUCACGACCUCACGGUGACCGACCCAUCCGAAGAGGGUCAGGAGGCGGAAACUUUCAACAUUACCCAUCGCUCUACCGUCGAUGGCAGCAUCAUUAAUAACAAUGGCACGGCCCAACCCAAUGGUGGAUUGGGUCUCUCUCCCACGCAAGCCCCCAACAACCCUAAUUCUCCCACUCUCGCUCCCAGUCCCUAUGCUUUGUACCUCCGUGAUCGCAACGCCCCCGCGGCUCAGAACGUCUUGACUACCAUGCCUCGCGAUGAGGACGUCUUGAUGUCUUUGCAACUCUUGGCAUACGUCUCCAAGUACUGCAACCUUCGGUCAUACUUCCAGUACUCUCAUCUCGUUCCCAGGCUCCAGAUUGAUCGUGAGCUUCACCUUCUGGAUGAAAAUGCGGAUCCUUCUACACCUAUCGAGGUGCCUGAGGAGGAGAAUGAGUACCUGCUACCGGACGAUGUCAACAUCUUCCCACUGGUUGAGAAGUUCACUGUCCGGCAUCACUCGAAGGACAUGCAGUACUGGGCGUGUGUGGUCAUGCGAAACCUUUGUCGCAAGGACGAGUCGCGCGGCGGGAUCCGCCAAUGCGCUUUCUGGAAGUGCGGCAAGUGGGAGGAGUUUCAGCGCCAAUUUGCCAAGUGUCGCCGCUGCCGGCGCACCAAAUACUGCAGCAAAGAAUGCCAGAAGGCUGCGUGGGUUUACCACCGCCACUGGUGCCACACGACCCCUUGA